UGUCCUCUAGUUCCUUGGCCCGGAGUCUCUGCGUGGCGAUAUGGAAGAGAAAGUGGAGUCCACCACUGCUCCAGACGGCUCGAGCGUGGUGUCGGUACAGGAGACCGAAAAGUGGAUGGAGGAGGCAAUGCGAAUGGCCAAAGAAGCACUUGAAAAUAUUGAAGUUCCUGUUGGCUGCCUUAUGGUCUAUAACAAUGAAGUUGUGGGGAAGGGAAGAAAUGAAGUGAAUCAAACAAAAAACGCUACUCGGCAUGCUGAGAUGGUGGCCAUUGAUCAGGUCCUAGAUUGGUGUCAUCGACAUGGACAGAGCCCUUCCGUGGUAUUCGAACACACGGUGCUGUACGUCACUGUGGAGCCGUGUAUCAUGUGUGCCGCCGCCCUCCGCCUCAUGAAAAUCCCACUGGUCGUCUAUGGCUGUCAGAAUGAACGGUUUGGUGGUUGUGGUUCCGUCCUAAACAUUGCCUCUGCUGACCUACCCAAUACUGGGAGACCGUUUCAGUGCAUCCCUGGGUACCGUGCUGAGGAGGCUGUGGAGCUCCUAAAGACCUUCUACAAACAGGAAAACCCAAAUGCUCCAAAAUCAAAAGUUCGGAAAAAGGAUUGUCAGAAAUCCUGAUGUUGUAAUGAUCAAAGACUAGUACCUUUUGGAGACCUGGACAGAAUUCCUGACUGAGAGCCACUGGCAUCGCUGGUCACGUUUAUAUGUUAUUACUGUGUGUGAAAACUGCGUCUCUCCUCAUUUGCUCUGUUAAGGAAACAAAUUAGCUUUUUUAAAAAAGAGUCUGACAAUGUAAACAACUAUUAGCUCUUCCACCAAGCUGAAAGAAUGUUUCCAGGAAGGGGAGGGAUUAAGGUUUGAGGUCCUGGAGAUCUGCCAGCAGGGCCUGCCCUUUACCCCAGCCUUAGCCCCGGCUUAAUGAAGCUCUUUGUGGCUGUGGAGACGGCCAAGUCGUAAAAUGCUUGCCAUGCAAGCAACCGUGAGGAUUGGGUCUCUAUCAGUGCCACGUGGGCUUGGUGGCCUGCCUGUAAUUCCAGUACGUGGAAAACAGAGAUGGGCUUCCAAGAUCCCAAAGUAAGCUGACUAGUUAGGUUAGCCCUUAUUGGUAAGCUCUGGGUUCAAAUGAGAGAUACUGUCUCGAUAAGUAAUAUGAAGAAUGAUCUAGGAGGAACCCCCGGUGUGAACCUUAGGAGUCACAUGUCCACAUGAAUUCCCCCCCCCAAUCCAAAUGCAAGCAUUGACACACAUGACACCAUACACAUACACAUGCCAAAAAAAAAAAAAAAAAAGGCAAAUCUUUGUAAAUCUAUGGGUACAAAUCUUUGGAAGAUUGAUCAAGAUCAAACAGGAAGUAGAAGAAAGAAAGAAAGAAAGAAAGAAAGAAAGAAAGAAAGAAAGAAAGAAAGAAAAGCAAGCAAGCUUUGACAUUUUACUGAGUGCAUUCAGACCAGGUCCUGCACCAGACUCCACCAGGGCACAUGUACCUGGGCUUAUUCUAAUUUUUAUUGACUUUAUAUAUAUGACCAUGCCUGUUGGGAGUUCAUGUGUGUGAGUGUGGAGGCAGAGGAGACUCUGCUGUUCCUUAGAUUCAGUGCCAAUCCUCUUUUCUGAUUCUUUUUUUUUUUUUUUAAAGAGAAGAUUUAUUGAAAUGUACCAUUCGGCUAGGUAGGCUGGCCAGGAAUGCCCAGGCUUCUGUCUGUGGCUUCUACUGCAGGAAUUACAGGCACACACCACCAUGCUCGCCCUCCUCCCCUCCCUCCCUUCCUUUUCUCUUUUAAAUGUGAAUUUUGGCAAUUGAACUCAGGUCCUCCUGCCACUUGAUUGACCGAGUUAACUCCCCUACCCUAGGACAUUUUUUAAAAAGUAUUUACAUAAAACAGAUACUUUUAAAGCAA